AUGGCUCUCUUCCAAACCCGAACAGCUCCUCCUAUCCAUAGCUAUGGCUUUAGCUCGAAAACCCAUAGUCACUCUCCCAUGGUCUUAUCAUUUCAUUCCCCUCCACCUUCUCACCUUGUUACUCACUCCUCCGUGAAAACCCAGCAGCGAAAUUCACUAUUUUCUUUCCAGACACCGCUUUCACUCUCAACAGUUACAAGGAAGUUGCUUUGCAGACCCCCUCAAGGGAAACAUGUCAGAGAAGACUAUCUUGUGAAGAAGGUGUCGGCCCAGGAGGUCCAGGAACUGGUAAAAGGAGAAAGAAAUGUACCCCUUGUCGUUGAUUUCUUUGCAACAUGGUGUGGACCUUGUAUAUUGAUGGCUCAAGAACUUGAAAUGCUUGCUGUGGAGUAUGAGAGCAAUGUUAAAAUUAUUAAGGUUGAUACAGAUGAUGAGUACGAGUUUGCACGUGACAUGCAGGUUCGAGGAUUGCCGACAUUGCUCUUUGUCAGUCCAGAUCCAAGUAAAGAUGCCAUCCGGACUGAAGGGCUCAUCCCAUUACAGAUGAUGCGGGAUAUCAUUGAUAACGAAAUGUGA